AUGAAUAGUGAAAAUGGGUUGCCUCUUAAAUGCCGCCGGACAACCCUAUCAUGUUCAUCCCACUGCCACCGCCUCAGACACAACAAAUUCUAUUUAUCUCUAAUUCCUCUCUCUCUCGACAAUCAGCAGAUACUGCUCUUGGUGGCGGUCCAAGCUUUCGAUGACUGCACGCCUUGCCUUCCAGUUCUAGACCAGCGAGAUAGGCCUGAUCUUGCUGCUCCGGAAAGCUUGCAGUUGUAUCUGGAUACAAGAUUUGAGCAACUGAAAAUUGCUACUGAACUGAAACCUUGGCAGGAAGCGUUUCGUUCUAUUGAAGAUAUACAUGGUUUGAUGUGCAUGGUUAAGAAAACACCCAAACCUUCCUUGAUGGUGGUUUAUUAUGCCAAGCAAUCAGAAAUAUUCUGGAUUUCUUCUAACCAUCUUUAUCAUGCUUAUUACUGGCUUAAGCUUUUCUCAUCACUUCAGAAAAGCUUCAACAAAAACUUAAGCCAGAAGGAUUUGCAGCAGAUUACAACAUCGAUUGUUUUAGCUACUCUUUCAGUGCCUCCUUAUGAUUAA